AAAUCUUUGUCAGUAGUUUUAACAGGGAGGGUGGGAUUAGUGGAAAACCUCUUCCAUGCAAAAAAGGUGCUCCAAAUAUCACAAAUGCCAUUACUGCACAUCAUCAUCUCUCGCCAUCAACAACCUUUCUCCUCCCUCAUCUUCUCCAUAUCCCCUUUCUCUCUGAACUUUCUACAAACACUUGAUCUCCCUCUCUUCCUGACCAAUUUGUACGGUCGAUUCUCAGAUCUGUAGCCUGAAAUCCACAAGCCCAUGGAUCUAGCCCCGGAAGAGCUCCAAUUCCUGAGGAUCCCAGACCUCCUGAGAGAAGCAACCUCCAUCCCAAAGCUGUCGCCGAAGACCUUCUACCUCAUCACCCUGACCCUCAUCUUCCCUCUCUCCUUCGCCAUCCUAGCCCACUCCCUCUUUACCCACCCGAUCUUAUCCCAGCUCCAGACAUACCCACAAGCUGACCCUACCCAGGUCAGUCACGAAUGGACCGUCCUCCUCCUCUUCCAGUUCUUCUACCUCAUCUUCCUCUUCGCCUUCUCCCUUCUCUCCACCGCUGCCACCGUCUUCACCGUCGCCUCCAUCUACACCUCCAAGCCCGUCUCUUUCUCCUCCACCAUGUCCGCCAUUCCCAAGGUCUUCAAGCGCUUGUUCGUAACGUUUUUGUGGGUCUCUCUCUUGAUGAUGAUCUACAACUUCGUGUUCCUUGCUUUCUUGGUUUUAUUGAUCAUAGCCAUUGACACCCAGAACGUCUUUUUGCUGUUCUUUUCCGUGGUGGUCAUAUUCUUGCUCUUCCUUGUUGUUCAUGUCUAUAUAACCGCGCUGUGGCACUUGGCCAGCGUGGUUUCGGUGCUGGAACCGGUAUACGGGUUCGCCGCCAUGAAAAAGAGCUACGAGUUGCUCAAGGGAAAGAUCCGUUACGCAGGGGUGCUUGUUUUCAUGUAUUUGGCGAUUUGUGUGAUCAUUGGGGGCGUGUUUAGCUCGGUGGUGGUGCACGGAGGGGGCAAGUACGGGGUUUUUGUGAGGAUUGUAGUGGGUGGGUUCUUGGUGGGGGUGUUGGUGAUCGUUAAUUUGGUGGGGUUGUUGGCGCAGAGCGUGUUUUACUAUGUUUGCAAGAGCUAUCAUCAUGAGGGGAUUGAUAAGUCUGCUUUGCAUGAUCAUCUGGGUGGGUAUCUUGGAGAGUACGUGCCGCUGAAGAGCAGCAUUCAGAUGGAGAAUUUGGAAAUCUGAGAUGGGAGAGCUAAGCUGACAUAGAUGAUAAUUUAUGUAUCAUACAUUGAUAGCUGGGAUCUUUCAAAUUCUGUUUAUCGCAUUUCUCUUGGUCUACCAAAUUCUGUUGCAGGAAGUGCCUUUAUUUUUUUUAUGGUGAUAUCUUGACUUAGCUGAUGCUUAUCUAGUUAUAUGCAGUCGGAUGCAUUUUCAGCCUUUGUGUUUACUUUGU